AUGUCAAGUUAUUACAAACUUCAUCUUCACAAUGUCAAGCUAUUACAAACUUCAUCUUCACAAUGUCAAGCUAUUACAAACUACAUCUUCACAAUGUCAAGCUAUUACAAACUACAUUUUAACACAAUGUCAAGAUAUUACAAACUUCAUUAUAUAGUAAGAGAUGAGAUGAAACUUUUAGGAAAAUAUAUCUUUGGACAUAAAGUCUUUCUAAGGGCGGAAUGUAAGAAAGGGCGGUAUGGGAGGAAUUGUGCAAGUGAAUGCAAUACGAAUUGUUUAAAUGACGAUUGUAACUCCAUAACUGGAAACUGUAACGGCUGUAAAAUAGGGUUCACUGGACAAUUUUGUAAUCAAGAAUGUAGCUCUGGAACUUUUGGCUGGAAAUGUGAAAGUCGGUGUACGAGUUGUUUGGAUAAUGAAUGCGACCCUCAAACAGGACAUUGUGUCGGAUGCCCCAGAGGUUUUAUUGGAGAGAAAUGUACAAUUGAAUGUCCAGGUAGUACGUAUGGAAUGAAUUGCAAUAAUACUUGUUGUCACUGUUCGGGACUACAAUGCAAUAAAACGACUGGUCAAUGUUUGAACGGAUGUAGCUUUGGUUAUCAUGGCGAUUAUUGUGAAUCGGAUGGUUCUGUACCACUUGUUGCUCUGUUGAUUUUGGUUGGAAUUUUCAUAUUCUGCUUAAUUUGGCGACGAAGAUUAAGGCGCAAUUCAGAAGAGUCCAUAUUAAAAUUACAACGUAUAGAGCGCCGUCUGGAUGGCUACUCUUCUUAUCCUAUACGAAGAAAUGAAGAUAAACCAAAUGUCGAUUUGCCUCUCCCUGAUUCACCGAGUCCACCCGAAAAAUUGAGACAAUUUGGAUCUUUUCUAGUGAAGGAAGACGCCACAGAGGCAGUGAAUGACGUCAGAAUGGAACCAGAGGGGUCACAGUUACCAGAUAAUGACGUCACUGACGGGAGAACGUCGGGAUACAUUGAUGUCAUAGCUAAACCGGAAGUGAUGUCAGAUGAUGGAUAUCUUGUGGUGGAUCGCCAGCCUGUAUCUGAAGAGAACUACGAGAACGUUAAUGAACUAGUGGUCAAACUACCAGUGGCUGUUGGUGAAGAAAUUUACCAGAACUCUGAGAUAAUGAACACUGAUAUUGAACGCCAUGAAUCGCAACCUCUGUAUGAAAAUUUUGGUUUCCUGAAAUAG